AUGUCGUUAGAUGUUAAUUUGAGUGAACCUGAUGAGUUUAACUGUUUUGAAUUACAUAGUGCUAUUAAAAAGGUUUCAGAUAUAGUUGGUAUUAAUAAUUGUAAGUAUCACGUUGAUUACUUGAAUGAUUAUGGCUAUAUUGCUAACAUAUUUAGAGUAAUAUUGACUGAAGAUGGCAGCGAUAAAAAUGUUAGUGUAAUUGUUAAGACAUUGAUAAACACAGCAAGAAAAGAAUUGUUUCGUGAAUUACAUUACAGAGAAGUUAAAGCAUACGUGAAUGUCAUUGAAGAAUUUCAGCUAUUGCAAAAUGAAAUCGAGAGUGAAAACAGAAUUGUUCUACCAAAGUGUUUAUAUUACUGUAACGACAAAGGCAAUGAAGUAUUAAUACUUGAAGACUUGUUAGUUGAUGGAUACGAAGUAAAUGAGACGCUAUCAAUGAAUAUAAAAUUGAACUUCUUACAAGUCAGUUCUAUUAUAUCUGAAUUGGCGAAAUUCCACGGAUUGACAUAUGUUUUUGCUAGCAAAAGAAGUGAUUUCGAUGAGAUUUCAAAAGAUUUCCACGAUAUAUUGUUUCAAGAAAGUUUUUUAGGUAAAAGUAAAUUAAAAAAUUAUUUUGUUGAAUCGUUUGAUAUGUCUCUAAAUGUGAUUGAUAACAUGGACAUUAAAGAGCAGUUGGAGUCCUUGAGACCAAAAUUACUACGAUUGCUUCAAAUGUUCCUGGAACCAAAGAAGUACAGCGUGUUUUGCCAUGGGGAUUUUUGGAUAAAUAAUAUAUUGUUUAAAGAACAAGUAAGUUUUGACAAAACAUAG